AUGGCCGACGACGAGGAGCGCAUCAAGGCUGAGAAGCUGGCUGCCGCCAAGAAGAAGGUGGCCCAGAUGCAAAAGAAAAAGAAGAAGGCCAGCAAGACAUCUACCGCCGGAUUAGAAACACCCAAGGAAGGAGAGGCCUCCAGCAAAGCCGAACCUUCAGAAGAUGCCCCCGCCACUACAGAAACAUCAUCCAAAUCCGACACCCCCGCGGAGGAGAAGCCAGAGUCGCAGGAUGAACCGGCCACGGAAUCUACCCCCGCAGCCGCGGAACAACCAGAAGAAUCACAGCAGUCACAAGAACAGCCGGAGACAGAUGCGCCUGUUGAAUCACCUGUUGAACCAAUGCCUCCAGCGCCUACAUCUCCCGGCUCAGACGCGGAGCCGCUACCAGUCCGCCUCGAUACACCGCGCGCCAACCAUGGCCGCCAAGCCUCCUUAUCAAUUCAGUCUAAGAUGCGAUCUUCGUCGUUCCGCAAGACGUCUGUUUCACAAGGCAGCGCGUCCCCCUCCCCGUCUGCAACACUCAAGUCUCCGGGGGCUUCAUUACCGCCCCUGACCGGAGAUGGGGAGUCUGUCCACGAAGUGUUCCGCAAACAGUCUACGAAGAUCGAAGAGCUCGAGAAGGAAAAUAAACGAUUGGAGAAGGACCUCUCGGAUGCGACUUCGCGCUGGCGCAAGACUGAGGAGCAGGUGGAGGAUCUGCGUGAGGCUAGUGUUGAUAGUGCUGAGUUGAGGGAGAAGUUGAAGAAGGCUGAGGAGAAGGCUGCUGGCAUUGAUGCUUUGAACGAGGAGAUUGCUUCUCUUCAGCGACAAAACUCACAACUCCAGACGCGGCAGCAUCGCAAUGCUAGUGCUACUUCCGAGUCGCCACCGGCUGAUCUUGUUCGUCAGCUUGAAUCUAAGUCGGCUACGAUUGAAGCUAUGGAAUUGGAGAUCUCCAAUUUGCGCGCUCAGAUCACUUCCCAGACUUCUUCCAACGACGAACAUGAAUCCCAGGUUUCUGCGCUAAAGGAGAAGGCCACGAAAGCCCAGACAGAGCUGGAGAAGUCCCAAAGCGAAUUGGAACACACCAAGCAGGCGUUGACGCGAGCUACCGAGAAAGCAGCCAAGGAAGGUGUCGACAAGACCUCCACCGACACACUGAUCAGGAAUCUCCAACGUGAGAUCGAAGAGCACAAGGCCGAAAAGAUUGAGUUUGAAAAGAAGAUCGAAACUCUGGACAAGAAGCUCCAGGCAAUGGCCAAUCUCCACAAAGAAACAGAGGCCCGACACCAGACCCGCCAACGCGAGAGUGAGAAGACCGACAAGGAAAUUACCGUUACGCGCAAAAAGCUCGCCAGCAUCGAGAACGAGAACCUUAGACUUCGCGAAGAGCGUGACCGCGUACGUACCCGCGAAACAAGCGGAGGCGCUGACGACGACGCUCUGGAUGAACUCGAAGACGAGGAACGCCAGCGUCUCGAGCGUCGCAUCCGCGAGCUGGAAGGCGAAGUCUUCGAUCUGCGUCGCGGUGUCUGGCAAGAGAAGCGCCAGGAACUGUCCGAGCACUACCCAGAAGACGGACCUACCCCCGGCUCCGGCGAUGCAGCCAAUUCAUUUGACGACGUUGACCUUGUCGGCGGACGACCUGACCAUGCCCGCCGCCGCAGCAUGGGUCAGCAACAACACUCUUCCUUCUCGACAGUGCUCUCGAGCGGCUUUGCUGCCUUCACAGGAGGUGGUGGAAACCGUGCUCGCGCUUCAUCAUCUAACCCACCCCAUCCCCCGGGAACACGUGGCAGUCUCGAGCUUGUGUCCGAGGAAAAUUUGGAUGAUGAAUUCGACGAGGAUGCAUUUGCCCGUGCACAAGCUGAAGAGGAGGCUCGCAAACGCGUUGAAUGGAUGCGUGAUAUCAAGAGCAAGCUGCGUGACUGGAAUGGCUGGAGACUGGAUUUGGUUGAUAGCCGGGCUGGUGCUGAAGGUGCUGGCGUGGGCAUGGGUGAGAUUUUUGAGGUUUGA